UCAAACAAUUAUUAGUGUUUCUAAUAGUAAAUAUAUAAAUUCAAAAUUAGUAUUUAUAUAUUAUCUAUAAUAAAAAUAAUUAUGAAGUUUGUAUUAGUAUUUUCGGCCAUAAUUGCCGGCGCCUUUGCCAAUGAGUGGCGACUCCAUAAUAACUGUCCAUUUACCGUAUGGCCCGGUAUUUUGGGAAACCCAGGCAAAGGUAAUCCCGAAGGCGGCGGAUUUGCAUUAGGCCAGGGACAGACACACACUUACCAGACUGCAGGUGAUUGGGCCGGUAGAGUCUGGGGUCGUACCAAUUGUAAUGGUGGCGGACAUUGUGAAACUGGAGAUUGUGGUAAUAAAAUCCAAUGUCAAGGKGCUGGAGGAGUACCUCCCGUUUCAUUGGCUGAGUUUACACUGAACGGCGCCGGCAAUCAAGACUUUUAUGAUGUCAGUCUUGUCGACGGUUAUAAUCUUCCCCUAAGAAUCACUCCAAUUGCUGGCACCUAUCGUAAGACCGGUGGUGGCAAAUAUGACUGCAACGUUGCCGGUUGUAAUGCUGAUCUGAACGCCCGGUGCCCCGCAGAGUUGGCUAUGAAAAACAGUGGCGGUUCGACUAUAGCUUGUAUGAGUGCUUGUAUGAAGUUCAAUACAGAUGAGUAUUGUUGUCGUGGAUCACACAGCACACCCCAGACAUGUAAGAGCAAAGACUGGCCUAAAGACUACCCGGCCAUCUUCAAAGGUGCCUGUCCUGAUGCUUACUCCUAUGCUUACGACGACACUUCCAGUACAUACACGUGUCACGGAAAUCCACAGACUGGCUAUGAAAUUACUUUCUGUCCUUAAAUUUGUAUUAUUUUUUAUUUGCCUGAUCUAUGUCUAACUGAUCAAUCUGUUUGUAUAAAUGUACAAAAAUAAAUAAAUAAUAAAAAAAGUAUAUAUUAUCUAA